UGAGGGAAACCCUUUUCCUAUUAAAAAAAACCUACUAUAAUUUGAGAAUUGGGCAGUGGGCACAUCAGCCACUAACAUUAUUAAAGAAACUCCAAUCCAACUCCAACGACAAAAGUCUGAAAACUCAAUUUCAUCAACCAAAUUUGAGCUGAGCUGAUAUUUCACACUGAAACACUAGCAGUAAAAAAGAAUGUGGCUUAAGGUUCUAUAUGUACUCUUAAUCUAUCAGAUAUUCAGGCGUUUUUUGUACGAUGAUUCUGUUUUAGAAGCUGAAAGAAACGACACCAACGCUAAAUUUCCGAUCUCUGCCGGAAUCUAUCGUAGAUUCAGGCGAUUUUUAUACGCUGAUGAUGAUAUUUUAGAAGAUCAAACGAGUGACACCGACGCUAAGUUUCUGGUCGGAGAGAGAGCUGAGAAAGUAUAUGGGGGGAAAUUAUAUUUGGGACUUCGAAUUCCUGAUCAUGAUACUGGUUCUAGACAAAACAUUGAUAUGGUUGUUGUCACCAAAGAGAAAAUAGUGGUGAUCCAUGUUAAGAACUUUUCUGGGCAUGUAAAGAUUGAUUCAGAUGGUAGAUGGAUUUGUGCUGGAGGAGAAAAACAACCAAAAGUAGAGAAUCAUCCAAAUCCUGUGGUGGAGGCUAAAAGGCAAGUUGAAGUACUUGAAUCAUACUUUGAACAAAGAGGAGUUGAACUGCCAAAUGGAUAUGUAACUUAUAGAGUCGUACUUUCAAACCCCAGCUGCAGGGCUCUUCCUUUCGUGGAUUUCCCACCAGAGGUUGUCCCCUUUGAUCAAUUGAUAACGCCUCAGCCAGAAACCAAAGGUGUGUUUACUGGUUGGAAUUGUCGGAUUAAGGAUGCAUUUCGUGGAGGAAAGAAAGAAGAACAAGAUAGGAUCAAUCGGUUCAAUCAGCAGCUGCAUUUUGUUCUAAGCACAGCUCCGAUGUGGGAUAGGUUGGAGCUGGAGGGAAAUAAACAUCUUCUUGGAGAAUUCCUUAGAUUUGAAGGAAAGGAUGUACUGGCUUUGAGACAGAUUAAGAGAUCCAAAGUUAGUCGAUUGGUUAUCCAAAAGUCAUCGAUGUUUGGCUUCGGUUGUUCAGAGUUCCAAGUGCUGUACUCAGCCCGAGAUUAUCGAAGUCAGGGGGCUUCAGGUUCUAAAUGGAAGGAAGUAACAGUGAAAUCAAGUAUAGAAGUGCUUUUUCAACAACAGAAUUCUAUUAAAGUUCGCAAGUUCAAACUUUCUUCGAUCAUCUCUAUGUCACUGACUGCAUGAAAAAUGUACUUCCAGUUGACAGAUGCAUACAGUACAGAGCCUUGUAAGGUAAAAGCCAUUGUGGUUUUUUUGAUCUUAAAAAUUACGGUGUUCUAUGUAUAUAUACGGAUUUCGUCACAUUUGCACCGAAGCUCAAGUUAUGUUGAUUGCAUUAUCUGCUCCCCAUCA